GUUUCAAAUAAUCUUGUAAAUGUUACUAUCGGUGAAAUACAUCGAAUAGUAAAUUAUCGCAAUAUUUCACAUAAUUAUAUAUUAUACAUAUAAGAUAGAUUGAAUAUGAUAAGAUGAAAUUUAUGAAAUGCAGCGGUAUAGUUAGUGAAUAUUUCAAAGUCAACUCCUGAAUUGAAGACUUUCUUCGGUGCUUCCUUUUAAUUCCCUUAGCUAAUAAGUACUUUUAUACAAGUGAUUAAUUUGUGAACAUUGACAAAAACCAUUCCACUACUAAUAACUUAUUAAAUCAUUCGCCAUGGUCGGAGCUCCGGUUUCCUACUCCGGCAACCAGCCCCAGUCUCAGCCACCCAACGAUGCGUCGAAGUACGCGCCACCACCAUCUCAGAUGUACGCCACACCCAGUGCACCGAUUUCCACGCUCUUGCCCUACGGCGGACAAGCGCCGCCGCCGCCAGGGGGAUCGGCUCCGGCAGCCCCCGCAAAUACAAACUACAACUACCCCAAUAACCCAGCGUCUCCUUUCCCGCCGCCAAAUUCCGCCCCCUACCCUGGGAGCUCAGCCGGCCCACCGCCGCCCUUUCCUUCCCCCUCAACCGCGCCGGCCAAUACUUACCCCCCAAAUCCAAAUCCGAACACAUACCCCCCAAAUCAAAAUCCGGCGAACACAUACCCCCCAAAUCCGGCGAACUCAUACCCUCCGGCGAACACAUACCCUCCGAAUCCGGCAAAUUCAUACCCUCCGAAUCCGACAAAUUCAUACCCUCCUAAUCCUGCUUCAUCAGCCCCGCCGCCGUACACCGGCGGUUAUCCACCAAACGCAGGGCAGAAUCCGCCACAGCCUUACAACCCUAACGCUCAGCCGCCGCCGUCGUAUCCUCCGGCAGGAUACCCUCCGCAGCGCAGUAACCCUCAGGCCCCAAGUGGCUAUCCAACCGGUCAACCGACUGGAAAUUACGGCCAGCCGCCGCCAUCUGGAUAUCCACCGACAAGCCAAGCACCAGCGUAUCCCACCGGAAACUACUCGGCGCCACCACCCAGCGGCGGUGCAUACCCACCCCCUGGCGGAGUCUACCCACCCCCGUAUUAAUUUAAAUGAAGAAUAUUGAUUGAUGUAUUUGAGUUUUAAAAUUACCAUUUUAUCCAAAAACAUUUUGAAGUUGUCAAUUGAUAAUUGAGAUGGUUUGUAUUUUGAUUAGUUAGAUAGGGAUUUAAAAUCCUUAAUAAUAAAAAAAAAAUUGUAUUUGUUUU